UUCUCCUCCACACCUUUCCCUUAUCUCUAUUCUUCUCUAGCACUUUCUCUGGAGCACCUUUUUUUUUUUUUUCUUUUCUUUUCUUCUCUAGCAGCGGCUGGAGCACUUUUCUUCUCUAGCAGCACUUCGGCUGGAACACUAGGAUCACUUUUCUUUUUUUCUUUUCUUCUCUAGCAGCACUUCGGCUGGAGCUCUCUCUCACACAUGAAGAUCGUCCGCUUGUCCUUCUCCCACCACCGCAUAUCCUCCUCCCCACCGAGGCUUAGAUGGGUCAGCUUUGUUUUUUUUUUUUUUUUUUUUUUUUUUUUGGUUCUAAUUUGAUUAGUUUUAAAAUUGUGAUUUGAGUUUGUAUUUUGAUUGAGACUGAGUUUAGAGAUGUUUGAGAGAAAAGAUCAAGAAUAGUUCUGUUGUUACCGUUGUGAUUAUUGAGUGAAAAUUAAAAAUUUUAAUCGGUUUUGAUUAUUGAGAUUGAGUUAAUUAUUUUGCUCAUGAAUAGGUCUCUCUCUUUUCUUUUUCUUUUUUUUUCUUUUUCUUUUUUUCUGAUUUCAUUUGGUUUAUGAGAAAAAUUGUUUUCAUGUUUGGAUUGUAUUCUGGAUUUUUUUAGAAAAUAACAAUAAAAUUCAAACAAUAUCAUUAGUUAGGAAACGUUUGAAACUAAUUUGGAAUAUAACAACUCGAGUUCAGUAUCCACGAUUUGUGUGCUAUAAAAUCGAGUAUGGUGUACUCGAUUUCCCUAUUUUGCACUGUCCCCAGGUGGGUCUGAUAUGCCAGAAAUCGAGUUCGUAGGAGUCGUUUUGUAAGAGUAGAAAACGAGAUUAAUAAACUCGGUUUAUAUUCUUGUAAACCGAGUUUAUUAAAGUGAAUUUUUAUAGGUACAAAUCGAGUUUAAUUAACUCGUUUUGUAUGACUGGAAAACGAGUUCAAUGAACUCGGUUUCCAUUCUUGUAAACCGAGUUCAUUGAACUCGGUUUGUUUUCAAAAAAAAGAACCCACGUGUCAACCAUCCCAGACCAAAAAAAAAACUAAGUUCAAAACAUUUCCCACUCCUGACUGCACUCGUCUCUCUGCCCUCUCACUCUCAGUCUCUCUCUCUCUCUCACGAGACGUCUCUCUCACACUCUCUCCGAGCCUGUCGCUCCUUCGCCGGCACCGUCGCCGUCUCACUCUCAGUCUAGACCCUCUCACUCUCACUCUCAGUCUCUCUCUCUCUCACGAGACGUCUCUCUCUCACUCUCACACUCUCUCCGAGCCUGUCGCUCCUUCGCCGGCACCGUCGCCGUCGCUGGCUCUCUCGCUUCCGUCGCCGUCGCUGGCUCUCUCGCUUCCGUCGCCGUCGCUGCCUUUCGCUUCCAUCGCCGUCGCUGCCUUUCGCUUCCGUCGGUCUGUCUCCGCCUCGCAUCUUUCUCCCUCAGUGGUUGGCGAAGUACCUCACAAAAAGUAAGGACUCUCUCUUUUUUUCUGGGUUUAUUUGGUGCCGUGUGCUCACUGCAAGGCCAUUCUCAAUGUCCCUCAUGGCUUGGCCAGGUUCACUUGCCCUCAGUGCAACGUUGACCUCGCUGUCGAUUUGUCCAAGCUCAAGCAGUUCUAUCAGCCUCGCCAGACUCCGCCUCCGCCUCCCGAGGAAAUCAACGAGUAUGGCUGCUAUUCCUGCUCAGCUCCCUGAUGAGUUUGGUCCUGGGCCCAUUGACGAUUCGGUGUUAAGGUUUAUAAAAACACAUCGAGCGUGCGCUGUUUGGGAAGGCAAGGAUCCAGGGCCACUGACAUGCCGCGGUCGUAAUGACGAGUUCCGAAAACGACGCCGGAUAGUGGUGGAUGAUCGUAUCGUCGACAUUGUGAAGAGAGUUGGAUUAGAGGGGCUGUAUAGGACCCCAGGUAGAGAGAUUGAUCAUAACCUGAUCACGGCCUUCGUUGAGCGAUGGCGGCCUGAAACCCACACCUUCCACCUGCCCCAUGGUGAGACAACGAUCACAUUACAAGAUGUGGAGGUUCUUUUCGGGCUUCCAAUCGAUGGUGAGGCAAUUGUUGGAACAACUGACUUGAAAUGGAAGGAUGAAUGUCGGAGUCUGCUUGGAAUUGCUACUAAUAGCACCACGCUUCAAGGACAAAGGAUCCAAAUUAAGAAGCUACUAGAAAAAAUUGACGAAGGGUUGCCCGAUGAUGCAACAGAGGUGGUUGUGCAUCAAUAUGCACGGUGUUAUAUCCUAGCACUCCUGGCAGACACAAUUUUCGCCGACAAGUCUGGUGAUAGGGUGCAUACGAUGUGGUUGCAGAUGCUGAGGAACCUUCGAAAUCCACCUCAGUACAGUUGGGGGAGCGCUUGCCUUGCAUGGCUGUACAAACAGUUAUGCAGGGCAACCGACAGAAGUGCUAGUCAGAUUGGUGGGGCCUUGUUGCUAGUUCAGUAUUGGGCAUGGGUCAGAUUCCCUUUUUUGUGCCCAAGGAUGGACCUCCCACCAGAUGGUGCAUAUGGCCCACCAUUUGCACCUUCUCCAUUGUCUAUUAAGACUGUGUGGGUUGUGAACACCUUGAAUAGCCCCGCCGAAAUCUGUUUGGUCCGGUACCGUCAGCUUUUAGAUUGUAUGCAUCCAAAGCAGGUGGUGUGGCAACCAUAUGAAGCUGAAUUAGCCCACCUGCCUGCGUUUUGUGUCGCCGGAAGGGAUGUAUGGACAGCGAGGGUACCGCUUGUAUGUUUCUGGCUAGUAGAGAAACAUACACCGGACCGUGUUGUUCGUCAGUUCGGGAUGGUACAAGAACCCCCCCUAUAUGUUGAUACUGACGAAGCCCUUCAUGCCAUAGACCUGAGGGGGAAGAUGGAGGUGAAUUGGAGGGACAGACAUUAUGGCCAUAUCCGAGUAUGGGAUAGUCGAGCACGAUCUCUAUGUCCUGGAGCACAACUAGAGGGUGAUAUGUCGCCUGCUCAUCCAUACUUCGAUUGGUACGAUAGGGUGACUUGGAGGUUCGUCGACCACACUUCAGCUUCACUUAUUAUUAUGGUUGCCAGUCACAAGAAGUUGUUGAAACUUUAUACAGUAGGCAGUCAUGAGUACAAGCAUAUUUCAGCUGUACUUAAGACAGUGGAACGCCUUCACCGUAUAACUGCUCGACUUCCGUUGGAAGAUAUCGAUGGGGCAAAUCCAGAAGCCCCAGAAGAUACUGGACGACCAAGCACAAGCUCAACUCAUGCCAGCCAUAGCCAUGGUCAGCGUGCUGCAUCCCAUCAGGUCGUCAGUAGGGCAGAUCUCCCUCCACCCCCACGUGCAUCUCGUGCCCCAGAGUUCCCUCCACCUCCACAUGCAUCUCCUUCCCCAGAGAUCCCUCCACGUACUGCUCAUGCAGUUUCUGACCUAGAGAUCUCUCUACCCACUGCUCAUGCAUCUUUUCACCCCGAGAUCCCUUCACACACCUCACAUACAUUUUUUGAUCCUGCUCAUCUUUCAUUUACUCCACCAUCCUUUGAUCUCGGCCCUGAUUUCAGUCAAACCCCUCCUGUCAUGCACACGCAAUCCCCCUCGUACAGCAUUGGCCAUACAGACCAUGUAUCACCCCAUAGUCACUCCAUGUCAUUCAUGCCCACUCCUAGACUGCAUAUAGAUCCCAUCACUACGGGCACUCACAUUUCAUUUGCUACACCAUCCUCCCCCGCAGUUGUUGGGAGUCAAGCAAAACAGCCAGCUGUGCAUGUUGAGAAUGAGCAGGUUGUUGGGUUACAGUCACCCCCACAAGGUUGACCUAAACGUACAAUAAAAGCACCUCCUUGUGGGACAGGUGGUCACAAAGCAGGACACAACGUUGGCCCCACGCAUCGUGAGGAGCCUCACGAAGGAGACGCAGUACCCCCUCCCCCACAUACCAGACACUAUACGAGACAGCAUAAGCGUAAAAUGCAUUAGGAUUAGCAUCCCAUAGAGUGAGUGGUAAUUCAGUUGC